GUGUCCCUUUAAUUUAAUCAGGAAGUCUACAUGAAAUGUGAUUGGUGGAAGCUGAGGAUGCAACCAAUGGGAGUUUGUGGAUCUCUUCCUGUGUUUUUUUUUUCUUCUCCCCAGUACUCGCAUAGAAAUGUAGGCAGCUACUUUGCUGAAGGAUAUCCUAACGCCCACAAAGGAUCCUCAUCUGAAUCGCCUCAGGCAUAAUUCGCGACUAAAUACUGAUGGUGACAAAAUGAAGAUGAAGACAGAAGCCGGGGAAGAAGAACAGUACGAUGUAAUCACGGUCAAAACUGAAUGUAAAUCAGAGCAUGAAACGACUGAAGAAGAUGAAGACUCCUCUGAUGAAGAGUACACUGUCAACGGAGACGAUCUUAAUAUUUUAAUCAAGGAGGAACCACUGUCACGGGAGAUCGAUGAGGACAACUGCGUGAAAAUUAAGCUUGAUGCUGGUUCUGUCUGUCAGGAUCUGGAGGGACAGAUAAAAGUCGAGCUGGACUCCAGCAGUGAUGAUCUGCUGGAAUAUGAUGAAUCCGGUGGAGCUGCUAUCAAGGAUGAGACAGAGUCGUGGGUUAAAGAGGAGACACAGAGUGAAGAUGAGGCUGAGGAAGAGGACGUGGAUAACAUCGAAGAAGAUUUUGAGGAUGGAGAGGUUGUCUCCACAGAGUCAUCGUCAGAGUUUUUCCCAUGCCCUCACUGCACCGUCUCCUUCACUAACACGGACUACUUGGAGAAACACGUGAAGUGGGUCCAUCAGAAAGAGUAUCUCGAUAAUCUCAAAAAGAGCCUCCCAAACCACACACUAAACUUCAGUCACAAACACGUUUGCUCUAUCUGCAGCAGCACCUUCAAAUGCAAAGCUCACCUCGGCAUCCAUAUGCACGACGUCCACCCCUCGGCCCCUCCCCGCAGGCUUCACCCCUGUCCACAUUGUGCCCGUAGCUUCCAGUACCUGAAGAAUCUGAAGAAUCACUGUCAGCGCUGGCACAACAUGUCUGUGGUCAUUAGACGAGGUCACCUCAGUUGCGCUGACUGUGGGAAGAGUUUUAAAGCCACCUGGGGUCAGGGACGACAUCUGUGCCACGAACCAGACGGCAAUGAAUCCGAGGACAGGCCGAUCUGUUUGGAUACUGGCGUGCAGUGCUCGCAGUGUGGCAAGAAGUUACGAACGCCUCAAAGCCUGGAGGAUCACAUGCGCACCCACACGGGGGACCGGCCGUUUAUCUGCAAAGACUGCGGCAGGAGGUUUGGGGAGCGCAGCAGCUGGCGGCAGCACAUGAAAAUCCACCUGGGAGAAAAGCCGUUUAAAUGCGAGGUGUGCGGCAAGGCCUUCAUAAGGUCGCACCACCUCAAGUCGCACUUAACCACACACUCCGGCAAGAAGGAGUACUCCUGCCUUGAGUGUGGGAAGGAGUUCGGAUUCAAGUCAAGCCUGGAUCUUCAUGUGCAGACGCAUUCGAGCGAGAGACCUUUCCACUGCAACGUUUGUGGGAAGAACUUCAACACUAGACGAAACCUGAGGGUUCACACCAAACUUCACAACAACGAGAAAGCUCACAAGUGUGGGGAGUGCGGGCUGGAAAUCAGAGAUCUCGGCGCGCUAAAGGUCCACUUGCGGACGCACACGGGAGAAAGGCCUUACCACUGCACCGUGUGCGGCAACAGGUUCAUUCGCCUUGCGCACUUACGCAAUCACCAACGCAUCCACUCGGGCGAGAGACCUUACAAAUGCAACGAGUGCAACAAGAGUUUCACUCAGUCCGGCGACUUGGUGAAGCAUAAGAGGAUACACUCCGGAGAAAAGCCUUACGAAUGUCCAGAGUGCCACCGCUGCUACACUUCCUCUGGCGACCUGGGCAAGCACAGGAGGAGUCACACUAACCUACGCCCCUACACGUGCCCGGAAUGUGGAAAAACCUUCCGCUUAUCGGGCCAUUUGAAAACCCACAUGUUAACCCACACCGGGGAAAAGCCGUAUUCUUGCCCCAACUGCCUUCGGAGGUUCGCUCGCUCUCACCAUCUCUCUGGACACGUUGCAAAAUGUCGCUGAGCUUAGAUGUUUAGGAUUAAAAA